GUAUGUGGUUGCAACCGAAGCUCAUACAGGCAAGUAGAAAGCCGGAGAGCUAGCUGUCGCUACCUCGUCUCCAUAUCCAGCUUGAAGCUUGGACAUCGCGCAGCUAGCACUCGACUGGAAACAGAUUCUGCAGCUGCCACCGUUGCCCAUGCACGUGCUCCUAUCGGAGACUGCCUGUGUGGAUCCAUCGUUAUCAGGAGACGUUCCUAAGGGCCGGAGCAGUUUUGUCUUCCAUCAUGGUGAACCAAGUUCAACAAGUGGAAGGUUGCUGGCAGUCAACUAAAGGUGAAUCAAGCGGAGCCAGCAACAGCAGCGGAGAGAGCUCCAAGGAGGGCUCUCGAUGCUCAACGCCUGUGCUUGAUGCUGAUCGCUCUGACCGGCUGCAGGAAAAGAUGAGGAAGAGGAUUGCUUCCGGAGAUCAGUGGUUUUCUCUGGAGUUCUUCCCUCCACGUACGGCUAGUGGGGCGGUAAACCUAAUCUCAAGAUUUGACCGUAUGGGCUCUGGAGGGCCCCUCUUUAUUGAUGUCACCUGGCAUCCAGCAGGAGACCCAGGCUCAGACAAAGAGACCUCAUCCAUGAUGAUUGCUAGUACAGCAGUAAACUACUGUGGCCUCGAGAGUGUCCUCCACCUAACCUGUUGCAACCAAACCAGGGAGAAGAUCACAGGCUAUCUGGCUAAAGCAAAGCAUCUUGGCCUCAAGAACAUCAUGGCUCUAAGAGGAGAUCCAGUGGGAGAUGACUGGGAGGAAGAGGAAGGAGGCUUCAGCUAUGCCAUUGACCUUGUUAAACACAUUCGAUCAGAGUUUGAUGAAUACUUUGACAUCUGUGUUGCUGGUUAUCCAACAGGCCACCCUGAGGCAGAAAGCUACCAGCAGGAUCUCUGGCACCUAAAGGAGAAAGUGGAUGCUGGGGCAGACUUUGUCAUCACGCAAUUAUUCUUCAGGGCUGACACAUUCCUGAAGUUCUUGGAUGACUGCAGGGCGAUUGGCAUCACAUGUCCCAUCCUGCCUGGAAUCUUCCCCAUUCAGGGUUACCAGUCUUUACGUCAGCUUGUCAAGCUGUCUAAACUUGAAGUACCAGAGGAGAUCACCAAAGUCAUUGAACCCAUCAAAGAUAAUGACGCUGCUAUCCGGAACUAUGGAAUUCAUCAGGCAGUGGAGAUGAGUCGCGUCCUGCUGGACAGUGGAAAGGUACCAGGCCUUCACUUCUACACACUGAAUCGAGAAGUUGCAACAGUGGAGGUCCUCCGACAGCUGGGCCUGUGGAUAGAAGACCCCAGACGCCCUCUUCCUUGGGCUGUUAGUGCGAAUCCCAAACGGAAGGUGGAGGAUGUCCGACCCAUUUUCUGGGCAUCAAGACCAAAGAGCUACAUCUACAGGACCCAGGACUGGGACGAGUUCCCCAACGGGAGAUGGGGAAACUCAUCUUCUCCAGCUUUUGGAGAGUUAAAUGACUACUACCUCUUUUACUUAAAAAGUAAAUCCUCUAAGGAAACACUUCUGCAGAUGUGGGGAGAGGAACUAAAGAAUGAAGAAAGUGUCUUUGAGGUCUUCACAUGUUACAUUGCGGCCAAACCAAAUCGUAAUGGACAGAAGGUGAUGUGUUUACCCUGGAACGAUGAGCCUUUGGCCCCGGAGACCAACUUUUUGAAAGAUGAGCUUGAGAAGGUUAACAGAUGUGGAGUCCUCACCAUCAACUCCCAGCCCAACAUCAACGGCAAACCAUCCACAGACCCUGUAGUGGGCUGGGGACCUCCUGGAGGAUAUGUCUUUCAGAAGGCCUACCUGGAGUUCUUUACCUCCAGUGAAAAUGUAACAGCCCUCCUCAAAGUCCUGAAGAAAUAUGAACCUCGUGUCAACUAUCACAUUGUUAAUGUUCAUGGACAUAACAUGACCAAUGCGCAUGAAUUGCAGCCUAAUGCAGUGACGUGGGGCAUCUUCCCAGGCAGAGAGAUUGUCCAGCCCACUGUAGUAGACCCAGUCAGCUUCAUGUACUGGAAGGAUGAGGCCUUUGCUUUGUGGAUUGAAGAGUGGGCCAAACUCUAUGAAGAUGAGUCACCAUCACGAAUGAUCAUCAAGUAUAUACAUGAUAACUACUUCCUGGUUAAUCUGGUGGACAAUGACUUUCCUCUGGAUAACUGUCUGUGGCAGGUCAUCGAUGACAUGUUCGAUCUCGCAUCACCAGAACUGCUCAGUGAUGAGACUGGUUUGCAAUAAACUGACAUUUAAGAGAA